CCCCCCCCUCUUCCUCCGGCACAUUUGAGCCGGCGAGCGGCGGCACGAGCAGGCGGUGAGGGAGCCGCUGCUGCAGAAGCUCGGACCGGACGGUCUCAACCGACAGAGUGUCUCCUCUGCAGCGGCGUGAGACGCUGUGCUCAGUCCCCUCACUGUGUGCAACAGCACCACGGCAGCUAUGGGACCAGAGGACAGGACUGGGACAGGGUCGGGCGGGACCGUGUCCUGCCGGCUGGGACAACAGGACCAUGUGUCUGCAGCGACUCACGGCAGCAGCGAGGUUGAUGUGCAGCCGAUUCUGAGGGGCCACCACCGGAGCAAGAUGUCUGCCUGGCCUGACCUGUCUGCUCCUCUGCAGCAUGCUGAGGCUGCGGCACACCUCAGCAACGUGCCGACCUCCAGAGAGGCUCUGUGCAGCUUCAGGAGCCCAGAAUCUGUGGAGAUGGACGAGAUCAUGGCUGCCAUGGUUCUAACCAGUUUGUCCUGUAGUCCCGUGGUCCAGAGCACUCCACACAUGGAUCCUGGUCCAGCUGGGUCGWCCUCAUCAGUGGACAUGGAGAGUGGAGCAGGGGAGCUGUCUGACAGCGGCAGCAGUGGGUACUGGAGCUGGGACCAUGGCAGCGUUAGCCCCGCCCCCUCGCCAUCUGUCACAGAGGUGGACAGCAGCCCUGAUGAAGGCCUGCACCUGGAGCUGGAUCAGGGGGAGGAGCUUAGUGCCAAAAAGCCAAAGAGCUCUGUGCGAAGUGUGUACAAGUGUUUGUGGCCCAGCUGUGGCAAAGUGCUCACUUCUUCAGUGGGAAUAAAACGACACAUCCGUGUGACGCACCUGGGCGGUGGGUCGGGUCAGUCCCAGAGGGAGGAGGACUUCUACUACACCAAGAUCUGCUGUGAGACCCUCGAGUCCAGCACGGCUCCGGUUCUGGCUCCUGUUCCGGCUCCUGUGCCGGCUCCCACUCCUCUCCAACACACUCUGGCUCAGACCUCUUCCACUCAUCUCAGCUGGGCCUCCUGUGGUUCCCCUUCUGGAUCAGAGCUCCAGAUCCCAGCUCACAGGCCCAGGUCCAACUCCAGCUCUGGACCAGGCCUGAGCAGGCCCAGUCCGCUGAGCCAGUCAGCUCCCAGCAGCUUCUGGCAGAUCCACUCUGAGCAUCUUUAUCAGGCCUGUGGCCCAGUCCAGGUUUCUGUGGCCACCAGAACCCCCUGCAGUCAGGGUUGGACCCCCUCCACCUCCAUGCCAGGCCAUAGCAACUCUCAGAUGGUAAAACCUCGGUGCCGGUCCGUCAGUGUUGGGGAACAGUGGCUCCAACAGAACCGACUGCAGCCAAUGACUGCUUCACCUUCCCGCACUCACUGCUCCUUCAGGAAGGGCCGUGGAGAGGCCAAAAAGUGUCGUAAGGUGUACGGCGUGGAGCACAAAGAUCAGUGGUGCACGGCCUGCCGCUGGAAAAAGGCCUGCCAGCGUUUUCCCGACUAAACUCAGCUGUGAGAUGGAGAGAGAGGAAGUGUGGACGGACGAAUGAGUGUGAACAGACUUUUAUCAAUCAGAUAAUAAGCGUAAGAAUCGGGGCUCGAGAGCCAUCAAGAAAAACUACUUGUUUUACAUGUUUUAUGUUUUUUUUACUAUUCUGUUCUUUGUUUUUAUCCUAAAAGGAAUGCAAAUAAAAGUUUGUGUAUCUUUGCAUCUUGAUCCUGAAAACUGAAGUCUUCGAUGGUGCUGUUGACUGAUUUUGACCAUGUGAUGUACUUAAGCCCCUCCUCCUUUUUGUACCCUAAUGUCAUAAAUCUGCUCCUGUAGCUCCACUGUGUUAUUAGACUGCUACUCAGCUGUUUUUGUUCUUCCACUCUCCUCUUCCAGUGGUCUCACAGUGGUGAUGAUGUACAUUAUAUUGUGUGAUAUCAGCUACAUACAAGUAUUUUAUACCUUUUCUGUUUUUUUUAUUUGUCUUGUUUAGYCCGUGUAUUGGGCAGAUGGAGUUGUUUUUAAAAUGUUUUUUGGCACUUUCUUGGACUGGUAACACACACACAUGAAUAAGCUACAUUUGGUUUGACUCAGCCAAGUUCCUUCCAUGAUGCUGAUUUCCUUCCCGCCCACGUGCCGGCACACAACCAGUGUUAAAUAUCCGUGACCGUUUGGAAUCAUGGCGGCGGGACUAGCAUUAAUCUCGAAUCUCACUGGGCCGCGACUGUUCUCAGGAGUUUUUGGACUUCUUUCAUGUUCCUGGAAUUUUUACCACGUUUCAUAAAAACAGCAAUAAAUUUACCUUUCUUGGACCUGCCUCAGUUUAGUUUCCAUAAAUCAGGAGCGAGGAAUGUAAGACMACUUUGGGAGUCGACCUAUGAAAACAAGCUGAUAAAAAAUUGUGAUCAAACUGAGGCACAAAAAUGUCCAUUUCGUUUCCAAAAGUGUUGCAAUUGUCACUUAUGUGUGUUCACAAAUGUAAGUAUCAAUUCACACUUGAUUCCAAUUAAAAWUAUGCUUUUUUCACAGCUAUUCGCCAUUGGUCCCAGUGAGAUACACGCUUUAGUGGAACGUUUUUGUAUUAGAGGAAAUAUAUUGUCAAACACAAUAAAUAAUAAAGCACUGAGAAUUUAAA